CGUAGCUCUCGGAGCCCUUUUUGGACACGGCUACUAUCCCCAGCAGCUUAUCCUACACCCUGACGCUUUGAACUAGUUUAGCGGUUUUCAGCUACAGGGAAUCUGUCUGGGGAAGUAGAUUUUUUUGGCCGAUGAGCUGCGCGUGUGAUUCAUGCGCGAUAUGUUUGGAACUUGUGCCUUCGAGAAUCCCAACUUAAUCGUCUUUCGAAGACUUUCAGGGAAAAAUUUAAGCCUUUUAUGACCAAUGAUGGUUUAUACGUACACCUUGAUUAAUUUUUGAGGCUGACGUACCCUGAAGUUGACGUUAACCACAGUUGAAUCAAGGUUGAUAGGCAAGGAAGUCCUUCCUGAGCAGGUCCCCAUUAUGUAACCACCCGGCUUGUGCAGAGUUUCUCUUAGCACCCCCAGCAUGUCAUCAACAGAGCCCAGCCCGGACCCAGACCACGCCCAGGAUCAAGGCCAGGACCCCGGGCCUGAGAGUGGCAAUGAGCAGCUCUACCAAUUAUGGAUGCUCUACACCAGCAACUCGGACGUACAGUUCUUCCAGAAGUAUCUUGAGAGGUUCAUAGAGAACUACAACCGAGAAAUAGACUUGGAGUUCAGACAUCUGGAAGAAGGACAACCCCUAGAGGGGCCAGGGAUGUCCAAGCUGCCUGGCACUAUCUUACAAGUCAUAACCAAGCAACUGGCAGGGUGUGCCCAGCAUUGCACAGAGAGCGGCAGCGCACUGCAGGACAGCGUCCAAUUGGCACUGCAGAUGCUGCAGGCGUUGACUAUCAUCUGCAGGCACCAUGAUAACUUGGCCCUGGUUGCAUCAUGCGAGUAUCUGAAAUACAUUGUUCCCAUGACGACCAGCAUUAUAAACAAGAUGAGCUCUGUAGAUGAUGGGGAUCGGUCUUUGCUGGUAUCCUAUAUCAGCCAAGUGCUUCAUCUGUUUGAGUGCAUGUACGACCCGUACCACAUUUGGAGGAAGCAACAGAGAAACCUACAAGUGAAUCUAUCUCUCCUCAAGUAUAAACCGUCCAUCCUCAGCGUAGAACUAGUGCCUUUCUUUUAUGACUGUUUGCAAGAGAACACAUGGCGACUCUUGCAGUCCAUCGAUGUCCAUGUUAGAGUCAUUCACAUGUUUGGUGCUGUAUUAGCAGGGUCACAGGAAAAUGCCCAAGUAGCAAUAUCCCCAGCCACAGUAGAUGUUCUCUUUGCCUUGCUGGACACGCCGGUACCCAGCAGCGACUUCAGCGUGGCUCCAGCGGGUAACCUGCAGCUGGUGCAGGAACUGGCAUUAAGAUGCAUUGUUCUCAUGGUGCUCGCCACCCAUGGAUGCCCUCCAGAACAAAGGCAAGUGGAACUUUCAGAGAUCAUCCAGCAAGUGUUACAGAAACUCUCCAGUGAUAAUGUGCCCCAGCAACUCCAACUGGCAAUAUUCCGCAGCAUACCCCAGGUUCUUCACGGCCGACGGAAGUUGGCCCUCCAAGAGGCUUUUGUAUCUGUCGAUGUCUUUGGCAUUCUCAUCAGCAUCAUUGAGAAGGCCAUUCUGAGUGGUAGCAGGAGACAGCUGACGGGCUUCUUCUGUCUUCACAUCAUGGCGGUCGUCAUGGCUGACUGCCCGUUAGCCAAGACCUCCUUCAGAGAGACCAUUGGCUACCACAGGCUUGGCCAGCUGAUCAUAUCACUGGGCCAGCCCUCCCAGCAACUCAUCGGUGCUCUGCUAGACAUGAUGGUUGACACGACCUUCAAGGCCGAAGUCAAACACGUCCUGCACAACACGGGGGCGACCCACAUCCUGAUGCGCCUCCUGCCCCUCAUCAAGUCGGAGGAGCUGCAGAUCUCAUUGUCCCACAGCCUGGCCUCCUGCUGCAGCCAGAGCGACUACAACAGGAUGCAGUGCUGCAACGACGGCAUACUGUCCACCGUCCUGGAUGCGCUGGAAGCCAGGGAGAGCCUACAUAGGAAAACACAAGAGAGGUUAAUUGUGUUGACGGAGGCCCUGGGUUCCUACAGCAUCAGUUCCACACAGCUCAAGCGUCUGAUCGGUCUGAUGAGGGGUACCGAUGAUCAGUCCCUGUCUCCGCAGUGCCUGCGCCUGAUGCACGCCCUGUCCGUCAUGGCACGCAAGGAGGGCAAGAAGGGGGCUCAUCAUUACUUUGACCUGCAAGAAAAUCUGUCCGGCAUCAGCAUUCCAGUGAUCCGUAAGUGGCCUGGCCACGGCUUCACAUUCCACACCUGGCUUUGUCUCAACAACACACCAGUCACCACGGCGGCCAUAGAGCGAGGCGGCUUUUACCGUAGACAGUUGUACAGUUUCUUCACUGGGAACGGUGCAGGGUUUGAAGCCUUCUUCACCCAUGACGGAGUCCUUGUCGUUGCCGUCUGCACCAAGAAGGAAUACUACACCGUGUCGCUGACGGACUACCCGAUCAGCGAUAGCCAGUGGCACUGUGUGGACGUCACGCACAUGUCGUCAAGGCGACCAUUCAGCCAGAGUCAGCUCUGCAUCUAUGUGGAUGGCCAUCAGCGUCUUGUGUCACAGCUCAAGUUCCCCAUCAUUUCGGAGCCGUUCAUAUCUUGCCGAAUCGGUUACCCCAUCGCCUUGUCCAGUCUCCAGCAACAGUUGGCCGAGGACUCCUCUUCCUCCUCUGCCUCUGGCCACUCCGCCUCCUUCUCCUUCCACCCGUCCCGCCUCCAUCUCCCCUUUAAGCUGCUGUCGGGGUCGCGUGGCUCGGGCGCCAGCGGCGGGGGUGGUGGUGAGGCCGAGUCACCGGUGGGCAUGGUGCCGGUGGGCAUGCAGGACAUGGAGUGGGGGGAGCCCAGGUCGCUGCAGGGCCAGCUGGGCAGCGUCUGCGUCUUCCACGACGUGCUUCAGGCCCAGCAGAUCAAGAAACUCUAUGCAUUAGGUGCCAAUAACAUGACGUUGUUCCAGUCUGAUGACAGCGACAUCUCGGAUCUCAGCAGUAAGUUGUUGCUUUACUACCAUGGCAAGGCCUGCCGAGAUCCUGUUUGCCUAGACUUAGCCCCAGCCCACCUAUACAAUGGCCGCCUCAAAGGCCACAGCUGUGACACCUGGGAUGUGAAGGAUGUCCUCAAUUGCAUCGGUGGGGUCCAGGUUCUUUUUCCUCUUCUGGAGCUGGUGACCCAGGAGAAUGAGACUGGCAAGCCUGCAUUCCUGACACAUGCUAAUGAUGAUGCCGUUGAUAGCCGAGAGCCAGUCAAUAAACAGAUGAGCAGUGACGAUGAGUGGGAGGUCAUACCACACGACCAAAUAGAUUUGAGAAACGAGCAGAAUCACGUGGCAGGCUUCGUUGCCCUGCUCAAGAACAUGUGCGUUGGCCAUCCCAUCAACCAGGACAUGCUACACAAGUCACAAGGCAUAGCGACCAUUGGUGCCCUCCUACAAAAGGUAGAUUCAUUGCUGAUCGAUGUGAAUGUCUUGAUGGCCAUCAAGCAUCUAGUAGAAGCAGUCUGCUUUGGGCACCAGUCGCUGCUGAAACAUGCAUACAGGUACAUUUUAUUUGACUUCCGGAUAUGGAGCAAGAGUGUCUUUGAGAUAAGAAUUGGCCACUUACAGUACAUAUCCACCAUGAUCAAAGAUGACAAGAAGAGGUUCCGGCGAAACUUUGGAGUGCAGUUCCUAUUGGACACCAUACGGACCUACUACAGUCCCAGCACCACGGACCUUUCAGCAGAGGAUUCCCGCAUCAUUCGCAACUCCUUGCUGGGCCUAAUCCGCUUCUAUGUGUCCAAGCAGAUCAACCACAAAGAGCUGAGUGCAAUCAUCAACUUCGUCACGGCUGUCGAAGACGAGAUUCUCAUUGGAGAGGUCAUCGACAUGUUGAUCACUUUUCUUGAGAGCUCCAGCAAGGACCAGCUGUACCUCUUGCUGUUUGAGGAGGGGAAAGGUGAUCUGCUUUAUGCACUUUUGACUAAGAAAGACUACACUGACACUCUCAGGGUCCGCGUGUUCAAGAUGUUUUCAUUGAUGUUGAGAUCUAACAAGGUGUAUGAGAAGAGCAAGCACCGGAUGCGGCUGAUGGACGUCGGUUUCUCAGGACUGACUCUGCUGAUGGGGGAAAUGCCGGUUACAAUGCCCAUCGCCAAGAACAUGGUGGAGAUGAUCACAGAGGGUCACAUAAACUAUGCUGGAUUGCUGGCUGUUCUGCAGCUGCUGCACCGUGCAAGCUCCCUCAUCAAGCUGGAGGCUUGCACCCAACUCCUUCAUAUACUCUACACGGAAAAAGAGUCCAAGGUCAAGCUGGCCAAGGUGCCCGGCUGGCAGGACACGUUGGCCCGGCUGUUCGUCCGGGAUGCGGCUGCUGGACCGGACAUUGGCCUGGACUUGAACGGCCUGGCCCUGACGCCAUCGAGCAUCCCGACCACCCCGACCACUCCGCAGCGUGUCCUGCCGACGGACAACGCCGACAAUGGAAAGCUGCCGGGCUGUGUGGUGAUGGCGGCCACCAGCUUUGUGCUGCCAGACGCUGGCGACUCACAGGCCACGGAUGCCAGUGACCUCCUCGCCGAUGACAGCAGCGUGGCAGACAGUGAGGACAUCACAUCGUCGCAGUCUGUCCCCCGGCUAGUCGUCGAGACAGACACGCCAGACUCUCUGUCCUACUCGGAGAGUCUUUCCGUAGUCAGCAGUGAUGCCAACUUCGGGCAGUUUGUUGACACCAUGGCAACUGGUGAUGGUGGCCAAGAACAGGGUGCAGACAGCGAUAGCUCCUUUACGAUAGGAAGUUGGCCAGGCGGAGAUUAUGACAGCCAAACCUCGCCCCUCCAUGCGUCCAGGAGUAGUCUCAAUUCAGCCACUCCCACAGCCACCCUCCGCCCCUCCCACCUGAUUUUACCCACUGCCGGCGGUGCACCAGGCGGAGAGGAGGAGGAGGGUCCCGAGGGGUCUGGGGCUUGCGAGAGGACCCAGGAAACCCUGGCGGACACACUGACGGAGGUAGUGGUGCAGCUGAUGUGGCGAGGGGUGCCAGGCUCGGACGAGGAAGCCUGGGCGGCACGUGGCCAGAUAUUUGUGAGCCUGUCCAAGCUCGCAGAGAAGUAUGAGCUCCUGCGGCCGGCAAACCAGAUCAAGCGUCACCUGCUGGAGAAGCUCCUGGAGGUGUCAGCCAAUGACAUAAAGAAUGCAGGCUCCAGCGACCACCUGACGCAUGCUGAGAACGCCCUCUGGCUCAUGAAGCUGGUUCAGGACUUCCUGUUUGGUGAGGAUCAGGAGGACAGCCAUGCCUGGAGUGACAAGUUAGCGGAAGCCGUCAUCGACGUGAUUGAUGCCCUGUGUGUGUGGGAGGACACCACGGCGGCUGACGAGUGGGCGGAGAUGUCGCAGCUGGGCCUGCGCAUCAUGCUCGGCUUUGCCGCCCAUGACGACAUCGAGGUGUGUGCCACGGCGGCCGCCCGGCUCCACCACCUGCUGCAGACGCGGCCCAUCCCUUCCCCCAGCGAGGCCUGCUUCCUGCUGGGUUCGCUGGACUCAGCGCUCAUGAGGUCUCUUGAUGCUCGGGAGCGCGAGACCUACGCUUACCUUAUCCCGCUCACCCGUGCCAUGAUUGAGCUAUACCACAAGCAGCUGGGUAUGCCUAACUUCUUGCCCCAUCUCCCCACCACCGACACCAGCCCCACAUUCUUUGAGGACUUCCAAUCCUACUGCCGCUCUGAAGAGUGGAGAAGCUACAUUGAGAAACAGGUGAAACCUUUCAUGCAGGAGUACCUGACCCUCAAUUUCUCCAGCAUUUCGGCCAAGAUGGGCAAGCUGUGGAGGAAGUGUUUUGACCUGAUGAACACGGAUAUCCACCGACGGGAACGGGAGAGAGGAGAGAGCAAGCUCCGAUUCCAAGCUAAGAUUAGCGAACCAUUCAGCACCUUAUGCAAGACGGAGACAACAAGACAUGCCAGCAUUCUGAACAAGCUGCAGAACCAGCACCAGUCCACACUGCGACAGUGGAGGGCCAGCAAGCGCUUCUUGACAGGGGAGAGAGGGGCCUGGGCUGAAAGAACGGACGAGCACAUUUACUGGAAGCUGUCUGCUCAGGAAAACUUCUCCCGCAUGCAUCUGAAGCUCACUCAGAAUUUCAUGUUUGACCAGCACAUAGACGCCAGUCAAAUGAGAGAUAACACAGGACCAGUUGCGGAAGCCACUGACACGCUAUCCUUGGAAAUCGUGAAAGAGGCUAGAGUCAGCGACAUGGAGCUGCAAGAUGACAGGCUAGGGGAUGAAGAAUGGAAUAUUAUCUCAGAAAGCACUGAGACUGAACAGGGCGGAGCUGUCAAAGAGAAGACGGUGGUUUCAGAGGAGUGUAACCUCAUCACGCUAGUCGACGUCAUCCCAGGCAAGCUGGAGGUCACCACGACGCAUGUCUACUUCUAUGACAACAGUCCGGAUAAAGAAGAAAAUGCCGGUCAGGACUUCAAAUGGUCUCUGUCCCAUCUACGAGAGGUUCAUCUACGACGUUACAACCUCAGACGAAGCGCCAUCGAGAUCUUCUUCAUCAGCCAGACCAACUACUUCAUUAACUUCAAGGACAAAAAGACAAGAAACAAAGCCUACAGCCGCAUCUUGAGCCUGAAGCCACCCAACCUGUACUACACCGGCGCCAAGUCACCUGCAGACCUGCUGAAGUCUUCCACCCUGACCACCAAGUGGGUGAACCGGGAGAUCUCCAACUUUGACUACCUGAUGCAACUCAACACCAUCGCGGGCAGGACCUACAAUGACCUCAGCCAGUACCCUGUGUUUCCAUGGAUUUUGUGUGACUACACCUGCGAGACUCUGGACCUACAGGAUCCCAAGGUCUACAGGGAUCUCACCAAGCCCAUUGGUGUGGUCAACCCAAAGAACAUUGAGGAAGUCCAGAGCAAGUUCGAGAAUUUUGAAGACCCAACGGGGACCAUCGACAAAUUCCAUUACGGCACUCACUACUCCAACGCAGCCGGUGUCAUGCACUACCUGGUGCGCGUGGAGCCAUUCACAUCACUCCACAUACAGCUCCAGAGCGGAAAGUUUGACUGUGCCGAUCGGCAGUUCCACAGCAUUCCAUCUCUGUGGGACACACUAAUGGAAAACCCCAAUGACGUCAAGGAACUCAUCCCAGAGUUCUUCUACAUGCCAGAAUUCCUUGAGAACAGAAAUAAUUUUGACCUUGGCUACCUCCAGACUGGUGAACGUGUCAAUGAUGUCAUCCUGCCAAAUUGGGCUUCCUCACCAGAAGAUUUUAUCAACAAACACCGGCAAGCAUUGGAGAGCGAGCAUGUCUCAGCCAAUCUACAUCACUGGAUUGAUCUCAUCUUUGGUUACAAACAGAAGGGACCUGCAGCAAUAGAGGCUCUCAAUGUCUUCUAUUAUUGCACCUAUGAGGGAGCAGUGGACCUGGAUGCCAUCAAGGACCCCCUGGAGCGGGAGGCAGUGGAGGGGAUGAUCAACAACUUUGGCCAGACGCCUUGCCAGCUCCUGAAGGAGCCCCACCCCAAGCGGAUGAGCGUAGAGGAACUGAGCCGGAAAGCUUCCAAGAACCAGACCCAGCUCCUCAACGUCUUUGACCACCUGAGCGAGCUCAAGGCCUUCUUCGUUGAGGUCUCCACCUCCGACAGUGAUCCCUUGGUCUAUGUCCAUGUCCCUCGCAGCCAGCCCAAGUCCUUCAUCUACCAAGGGAUGCCUGAUGCCAUGGUGACUGUGACAGAGAAGGGGACACUAGGGUCGCAUGGAUGGCUGCCUUACGACAAGUCCAUCUCCAACUACUUCACAUUUGACAGAGACUCCUCACUCAUCAAUGCAAAAAUCAGGAAGACUGUAAGCGGGCCCUUUGCGCCUGGCCUGAAGGUUACCCCCUCCCUAUUCGUCACCACCCAUGACGCCAAGCUGCUGCUGACCGGCGGCCACUGGGACAACAGCCUGCGGGUCUUCAGUGUGGCCAAGGGCAAGCCCCUCGCCCAUGUGGUCCACCACACGGACAUUAUCACCUGCCUGGCGCUGGACAACUGCGGCAUGCAGCUGAUGACAGGCUCCCGGGACACCACCUGCAUGAUCUGGGAGAUUGCCUACCAGGGAGGGGUUGCCUGUGGUGUGGGCAGCCAGCCUGUGCAGACCCUCUGCGGUCAUGAUGACGAGGUGUGCUGCGUGGCCAUCAGCACAGAGCUGGACAUGGCGGUGUCAGCCUCAAAGGAUAGCACGGUCAUUAUUCACACCAUCAUGAAGGGUCACUAUGUCAGGACGUUACGCCCCCCUGCUUUGGACCCCCAGGCCCCACUCACCAUCCCGCUUCUUGCCUUGUCGGACGAGGGCCAAGUGGCAGCCGUCUGCAUGCCCCAGUAUGGCAAGAAAGCCAGCCAGGAGCUGUGCUCCCUCCACAUUUACUCCAUCAACGGCAAGCACCUGUGUGACACUACGCUAUCCAGCAAGAUCACUCACAUCAACAUCACUGGCGAGUUUCUUCUGACGGCUGACGAGAAGGGCACAGUUACUAUCAGGAGACUCUUUGGCCUGGACAUCUGCACCACCAUGCCGCUCUUCGUCCCCAUCCACUGUGUCAGUGUUGUGCCCACUAAGAGCCAGAUUCUAGUAGGUCUACGAGACGGGAAGCUCAUCAUCGUAGCUGUGGAUAGACCAGCAGAGGCUCGUAAACUCCUUGGGCGGUGAUCAGCAAGAAGUGCCAACAUUGCCAAAGUUUAUAACAAAGAUUCUCCUACUGUCCUCUGAGGGAUAAACCAACUGAAUGGUGUUCCGUUGAAAUGCAUCCACCCUGUUGAGGGCGCUGUUGUAGUCCAUUGUCUUCCAUUUACUUCAGACUAUCCUGUACUUUAUAGCAGGGAUUUUUCGAUUCAGUUUUUGUGAAAAAUUAAAUUUGGAGGCCAGAAGCCAAUCCAUAUAAACAAAAAUAUUGACAAAAUAUCUACAAAUAUUUGGAUAUUUGUGCACACGUAUGUAUGACUAUAAUUACCUUUUAUUCACGAUUUAAAAGUUAAGAAAAUAAAUUGAUACUUGUUCAGAUACAUGAUGUGAUCUUGCAGGAUGGAUGGAAAGUUUAGAUGCCCUUUGGAGUCUGUGCACAGAUCGUAGAUUUGCUGUUUUGCCUACUGAACACAGCCAUGGCACAGUAUGUAAUCGUGGAAGUUGUUUCUAUAAUAGAACAGAAAAUUAUGACUCAGUUAAGUAGUGACUAUGACUCCAUUGUGAACAUCUGCAAAAUUCAUUUCGUGGAAAGAGGGCCAGGUUUUGAUUUAAGAGAAAUUAUGCUGUAAAACUGUGAUAGUGACAAAACACACACUGAAAAUGAACAUGGCAGUGGUCCCCACACUGGUUUGAUAGAAAGUUGCUGAUUCGUUGCUGAAAAGUUAAUUAAGAAAGCAAAUUUCUGAUUGGUCAAGAUGAGUGACACUCCUUUACUACCAGUAUACUGCAGUAUCACAGGGUUUCAUUGUGUCAGUUGGUGUGCUGGGUUACUGAAAAAUCAGAUAAGAAAGUCAAGUUUCUCCCAUGUUUCUGUUCUAACUGUACAAUAGAAACAAGGUCAACAUAAUUAAGAGAAAACGUUGCCUGAAGUUGCAUGCUUUUGGAGAGCGACCCUUUUUAAGCGUAACAGAAAACGGCGGUGUCCGCAACUACACAUUGCCCUGGCACUUUGCCUGCACAACAAGAUUCAACAAACUGUAUGUUUGCACCAACCCAGAGGGACUGUUUGCACAUCAUUGGCUUUUUCAUUCACCAGAUGUCAAUUUAAGGGUUGUGCUCCCUGAAUCCACAUUAUUUGGCGGCCACUCUGAAAUGAGAAGGCACCUGGCUAUUUGGCGAUUAUAACAGGUGCCCAUCGGAUCACAAGGAUGAUAAUCAAUAAUUUUCCCAUUUUGCACCAAUCUUUCUUCUCACAUAGGUUGCCUUUUUAAAGAAAUUUGUAUGGGGAUCACCUCAGUUUAAGAUGGCCAACUCCUAAGGCCAGUAGCAGCAUUGCCACUAGCGCUGUGUUGCAUUUUGUACAACAAAAAAUGCACGAAGAAAAAGCUGAGAAGUAAAAAUGUCAUGAAAAAUAUAAUCAAGUUUCAUAUAAAAAAAAAAUAUCCUAAUUUGUUAUGAAUUUCUGGUGGCUGAAACUCAACAAUCUUCUUCCUUCCCUCAUUAGAAUUUUACCGUGAAAGUUAAUAUAUGGUAUGAUUUCAUGUAAUGUAGUUCACACAACUGUAAAGUGCUAAAAAAAGAAGAGACGUUAUAGCAAAUUUCUUGCGGUCAUCCAAGACUUUAGAGUUAGACUUGCCACAGUCUUUCCCACAUUCCAAGCGACCUAAUUAGUUGAGAGUAUAUUUAAAUUAUCUGUAAAAAAACUGUAUUUAAGAAUUGUAAGCUAUUACAGUCCAGAAAUAGAAACUAUCACACACCCCUUGACACCUCCCAAGCAUUAGCCAAAUGAGCCAAUAUUCAAAUGCAUGUAAAUACGCAUAGCUCAAGCAGUGAUAUAAUUUAGCACUUGGCUUGUUUUUAUGUUAAUAGUAGUACCAAUGAGAUGAAACAUUUACGUAGCAUAUUUUGAUUGAAGAGCUAAAUGCAGAGCAAAAUUGCAGACUAUUACCCCCCACACGGGGCAGGUUGAUCCUGACAGGAUGUUGAUACCCGUAGUCUGUGGACACCCUAAAAACAUGUUCAUAUUUACCAGGUGGUGGGUGUAUAGCCAGUUGUGCCACAGUCAUUAAUUGUCACAAUCUAUUUUUUCCCCAUAUGCCUGUUAUUCACCUGGCCAUAAAAUUAAUGGAGGGAUGGCGUAAUUAGGAAACUAUGUGCUAAGCGGGAUUGCAGAAGUAGUCACUGGAAGUUUACAUCAUGGUUUUUUGUAUUGUGAUCCCGUUUUUUUUCGCAGACUGAGAGAUUUUGAGACUUCACAGAGGCAUGAUAUUGUACAGUUGGCCAUCUAGGCAGGGUUGGAUAACAAAAGUUGACAGAGAUUGGUUUUUAAUUUUCUUUUUAAAGAUGAAAACCAUUGAGGUGCAAUGAUUGUAAAAAGAGUACGUUGAAAGAAUUAUGAGGGCGUUAAUAAGUGUGUGAUUACAGGUACAUUCCUGUCACUUCCCCUCGUCAAAAGACAGAACCGUAGCAUUCUUCGAAAGUUUUUUCCAGGGCUGAUUCACUGUAACAGAUGCAUUUGAAAAAUGCAAGAUGUCAGUUGUGAGGAGAGAAACAUUCCAGCAGUUUGGUUUAAAAUUGUCUCCUUGUGCUACUUGUAAGCAUUGAUUUAAUUUUUUUUGUAAUAACUCUCUUUUAAAUGCUCUCUAAUGCAGUGUUAGCCGGUAACACAAGUUAUUUCAAGAGCCUUUUAGUCAACCAAAAAAUACAUCAGAGGCCAUUUACGCUGGAUCAGAGUACAGGAAAUUCUGUGUGGAUAUGUUGGUCUCUAAUAUGCAGGUGGGCUGAUUCGUUUUCAGCAUGAGAAAUACCUUUGAAGCCUAGCAACAGAAUGUGGCAUACCUCUUGGUAGGGAUUCAAACUGUAGACAGCCUGCCCCUCAUGUUCAGGUAGCUUCAUGGACAGUAGCAUAUGCCUUUAUCAAAGCAUUCCUGCAGCAGCUGGAGGAAGCCCACUUGUGAGUGCUCGAAACCAUCUUGGAUAACGUUCUUCUCUAGAUGACCCUCUGUGUACUGUAAGAAAGUAACAUUUUUGUCCUAUCCAGCACCACGAUUUUAUACAGGAAUGUAAUAUUCAUUUGAAUGUGUGAAAUUUCUAUUUUUUAUUACUAUUGACUUCCUAAACGUAGAUUUUUUUAUCAAAGUGAUGUUGAUUAUGUGAAUGUAUAAGAUAUGAAAGAAAUGCAUGCUGUAUUUGUUGAAAGUUGUAGCUGCUCACAAUAUUCAAGGGAUGUUUUUUGGGUAGUGAAUUUAAGGAAACACAUAAAAAUGUUGCUUUGUCAACGUCCAUAUUGGCUAAAAAUAUGUAUUACUUUUACCAAUUUGCACUCGCUUUUUGUCAGUGUCUUUCUCAUCAUAAAUGUGAGUGGAUCCUGGUUUCGACUGGUCACCAUUUUCCCAAACAAUUUUGUGGCUGGCUUUAAAAGUACUUUUGCGUGUUUAAAAAAAGAGAGUUCUCACGGGUCAGAGUUCAUCAUGAAAACAUCAAUUAUUGAUUCGAACUGAGGCAUUAAAUUUGUUCAUUUGAAGUUGCAGAGUCCAAAAAUAAUUCAGAUGCAGUGAUCCAAUUUUAAAGGAUCUUGGGCAUAAACAUCUACAUGCACUCUAUCAGUUGAGAUGUCAAAUUUGUAUUCAGUGUUCGUCAUGCUUAAUACUAGUCCAUUUUCAAUCCAUUAAACCAAGAUCUUAAUAAAAGUUAUUCUAAUGAUCACACUAUAUUAUAUGAAGUUAUAUGCUCGUACAAAGGUCACUGCACUUGCAAUUACUCCUGAAAACCAAUUUCAGGAAAUUACAUGUAUUUAAUCUCGCAAGUAGUUUUUUUUUAAAGGAGCUACAGGGGAACUUUAACAGCUGUUGUCGGGGAUUAUUUUGUUUGGAGAUCAAUUUUUAAGGUAAUGGACUUUUUAGGACAAAUUUGAGGCCUUCUUACACUCUCCACAAUUUUGUGCUUGGGUCUGUCCACUCAGGAUAUUGAGUUGAUAGUUUGAAAAUUUUAAUCCUGGUUUUAUGAGUGUCAAAAUGCCUUCCUUUGAAACAAAAAUUGAAAAAAACACGCAAAACAACGUGGUGGGAGUGUACUUCAGAUCAGUGUCAGUGUUUCACUGUGUAAAUGGUUUCAUGUUGAUCCUUGUAGACCAGUUCCAGGGCAUCACUUCAGACCAUGUUUGCUCCCAUCAACAGGACUGGAAGUGUCAUGUAAGUGUAAAGACCCAUUUAUUAAACUUAAUUUUUUCUAAACUUUGUCUCUUACUCUUUAUGGAGAGAAAAUUUGAUCUUAAGUUGACAAAGUAAUCUUGUACCCCAAAUUCUUUACAUGUAUUAGGUUAAUUGCUUUUUGAAAUCUAUAGCAAACCAAAGUAAAAUUGAAUUUAUUCCAUAUUAUGUACACACAAAAUGCUUUAUUUGCAAUCACAGAAUAUGUAUUUGUCAUUAAAUUGUAAGGAACACGAAAA